UGCCGAUAAUAUUAUUAUAUUUUAUGUAAACACUGGCAUGCAGGAAAACAUUUCGGAUAGGAACUAUAGUUGUUGUUUUGCAGACAGGGGACACGUAUAGUAGUUACACAUUAGACGAAUGAGUGGUUUACGCGUGCGCAGUCGGUCACGCUGUACACAACUUAUACCACGAGAACAAUGUUGUCCUCCCGUUUUCAGAUCAGGUCCAUUCACUCCUCCGCGUGUUUAACGAAGACGCUAAAGGGUAAAACUCCAGCGGAGCAGCGCUGGUUGGCGCGGCAGCUCAAAGACCCGUAUGUCAAAGCGUCGCGCGAGCAGAACUUUCGGUGCCGAAGCGCGUUCAAGCUGCUGGAGAUAGAUGACAGGUUCGGGCUCUUACAGCCGGGACACAGCGUGGUGGACUGCGGGGCUGCGCCUGGAGCCUGGAGCCAGGUGGCGGUGCAGCGGGUCAACGCAGCCGGAAAUGACCCAGAAUCUCCACGCGGAACUGUGGUGGGCAUCGACUUGCUGCACGUUCCACCUCUGGACGGAGCCCACUUCCUGUGCAGCCACGAUGUCACCGACCCCGCCACGCACGCCAAGCUGCUGGAGCUGCUCCCCAACAACCAGACCCACGUCAUCCUGAGCGACAUGGCCCCCAACGCCAGCGGCCUCCGACACAUGGACCACGAGAGGCUCAUCACCAUGUGCUUGUCUUUGAUAGACUUGGCUGAGAAGAUUUUGCAGCCGGGAGGUUCGCUACUGUGCAAAUACUGGGACGGAGUCCGCGUUCAUGAACUCCAGCAGAGGCUCUCGAGUGUGUUCAGCAGUGUUCGCACUCUGAAGCCCAACGCCAGCAGAAAAGAUUCGUCGGAGAGAUAUUUCCUCGCUAGGAUGUACAGAAAGCCAGUGAAGUGGCGGUGACUAAUUUCCUCUGAGCUCUGUGUGUUUUUGAUGAGUGAAUAGUCUUAUAGUGGUGGAGAGGCUCAAUUACCGGCUUUAAUCAAAAGGUGGCACUGUUGAGUUAUCAGUCAGCCUCUCAGCAGGGUCCUGCGCUCCACACGCUGUUGGUGUUGAUCCUCAUUCCUGUAAACUCAACACAGGAGCAUCAGUGUGUCAGUAAUAUGUAAACCUAUGCAAGAAUCACGAAUCUGGGAUUCCUCAAGAGCCCAAUGAUGUGUUCGCUAUAAAGUUAUUGUUUGCCCCACAGUGUUUGUUCCACGCUCCGUUUGGUAUUUGCCUCGUCGCAGAAAGCCAUUUACCAUUUCUGCUUAUGCUAAUAAUUUGCACUGCCAGCCAUGUAGAAAUAUGUAACCAUUCUCUCAUUGAGAGCGUACGAAGGCAAAACCCAACGCGUAAGAGCCACAUACAGCAUGACUAAUGGGAAGUGGGACGAUACUGAAGCUUGGCACGCUGCGAGUGUUGAUGGGCUCUGCUCUCUGACAGCUGAGAGAUGGCCAUUUCCUGGGAAAAUGUGUUCUGGCCAGUGCGCCCAAGUUCGUGCUGAAAGUCGGCGCCGUCGCGCUGCAACGCAGAGAGAAAGUCGCUCGGUUUGUUUGUUUCUGUACUUUCUUGUACUGAUUAGAUUCAGUUCCGAUCAGAGUUUUGAGCCACUUUGAAGAAAAAAGCUGUUUAUUAAAUGCCACAUAAAUCUAUAUACAGAUUCAUUGUACAGACUGUGCUACGGCAGUUAUGCCUGCAGUGUGUGCAAAUAUAUACAUUUGUAUAAAUAUACAAAGGCGACGUCCACAGGGAUCUUAGCACAACAAUUGUGACUUAUACUGUAGGUGUAUUUUCCUCCUUAACAGCAGCUCUUGUGCCAUUAACGCCGUAUCCUCCUCCUCAUGUCUUUGCUACAGCAGACGUUAGACAGAGAUAGGGACUGACGUGCAACACGGACCCCAGCGGAACCGGGUUGUUGUUAGAGGUGGGCACCUCAACCCCAAACGAACACAGAGCUGAAAGUAUGCGUUCUGGGUUGUUAUGUACAUCAUCAGUAAUAUUUCGAUCGCAUAUUACUGUGAUGCGUUUUCUUUGUGAAGCCACAAUCUCAACAUUGUGAUCCAAGCGUAAGAAAAAGCUAAAGCAAAAGAGGACGACUACAGACUGAGCCAGCUUAUAAAGAUGUUAGAAGCUGUGUUUUGUAGUUAUUGCUCAUAAGCUAUUGUUGUUAAGCUGAACACGCCAAUGUUCAGGAACCUAGAUGAAAUAAAUGCUGAGUGACG